CCUCGUUCUGAUUUUGGGAAGGACGCAGUGGAUGUUGCCUAAGAAUAUACUUAAUUCAUUACACAGCUUUAAUUUAUGAGAGGAUACAACUUAUUGAGAGGAAAGGUUCCGUUUAAAGCUAAUUAAGAGAAGUCAAAAUGUCUGUACAGAAUUCUUAUCUGCUAAAGUAUACCAGAAGAUCCUCAAUAAUAGAUAAACAUGCGUGUCCUGUUUGUAAGAAAACAUUUUCAUUACCAGCUAUUCUGUCAAAACAUUUAAAAACACAGCAUGAUUUGCAAAUGUUAUCAACCAAGACCGACACAAAAGUUGAAACUAAAGAUGUACAAUCACCAAAAUCUCUCCCUGGAAGAAGACCACAAAGAAGUGCUAGAAAGCCUACAGAUGUCAUUGAAAGUGAUGAGAAAAAAAGCAAAAAAGAUCCGAAAGUUAAUGGAGAGAAAAAUGUAGGUAGUGAUGAAGUUGAUAAAACAAAAGACAAUAAAUCAGAGAUGUCUGCUGGAGGGGAUGGGCAGAGAAAAAGGGGUAGACCGAGGAAAAGUCUUGCUACAAAUGUGGAAAACAGUGAAAAUAAAGCAAGCAAGCCUGAUAAGAUCCCUACUGAUAUAAAGGAGGCAAGGAAAAAAUUGUUUGCUGAGAGAAAGGUUAAUACAGCCAUUGAAAAGAAAGGGGUCAAGCAGGCAACUGGGUCAGUUAAGAACAAAAAAUCUGUACAAAAGAGAAUGCAUGAACAGAAUGAAGAUUCCAUAUCUGACAGUCAGACUGAUAAUGAAGAAAGAGGAAGACCGAGAAGAAACAGAAGGGAGAAAAGAGCAUGGUCUCCAUCUAAUGAUAAUAGCAUUAUAUUAGAAGCUAGUAUAAAGCAGGAACCAAUAGAUUAUGAAGAGGAAAAUAUGCAGCAUGUAAAAACGGAAGUAGAACUUUCUGUUUAUGAUGAAAUGUUGGAGCCAUCAGUCAGCACUAAAGUUGGAUCAAAUAAGCCAGCUAAGAUUUGUAAGGUGGAGGUGAGUGACUUGGAACCAGGAGAGACUGUAGGUCCAGUGACCAUUGAAGAAGGAGUAACUAUGUCAUCAACAGUAGAAGAUACCGCUGAGACUCCAGAAGAUAUGAAUAUAACCCCUGAAAUCGUACAUGUAGGUGAAGUUAAUACUCCAUCAGUAAAAGCAGUUUAUAAUGAAGAAUCUGAUGAUGAUGACCGAGAUGAAGAUUAUAAACCCAAUGAUGGGGAUGAAGAUAUAGACUUUAAGCCUGCAGUUAAAAGAGGACGUAAAAAAAUUGGAAGGACUUACCCUUGUGGGGAUUGUCAAAAGGUCUUCACAAAACCGAGUCACUUGCUUCGACACAAGGUUAAACAUACUGGAGAAAGACCUUUUCCUUGUGAUGUAUGUGGCAAAGGAUUUGUCUCUAAAUCUAACAUGGAAAAACAUAGAGUAUUACAUUCUGGAGUGAAGACCAAGAUUUGUGACGAAUGUGGGAAAGCCUUUGCCCUUAGUUCUUAUCUUGUCAGACAUAAAAUGUUACAUGAAAAAGAACGAAAUGAGAAAAUGGGGAUAUUUCCAGAACCUGAACACCACCUUUGCAGUCAAUGCGGAAAAGUUUUCUCCAAACGACUCUACCUGCAGAAACAUAUGGAACGUCAUGUUAAAGGAAAGUGCUAUGAAUGCAGAAUUUGUGGGAAGAAAUUCUCUCAGAGAAUGAAUAGAAUUAAUCAUGAAUUUCUUCACACUAAGACAAAGGAUUACGAAUGUCAUGUUUGUCAUAAAAAAUUUGCUUUGAAGUGUUACUUGAAGAUACAUGUGCAGCGCCAUCAGAAUACACCUAUUCCGAAACCUGGGAAGAAACAGCGAGAAAAUAUUGGAUUGAAACCAUUUAAAUGUUUGCAGUGUGGAAAAUGUUAUUCGUCAGUUAAAUACCUAAAUGCUCAUGAGAGACUGCACUCAAAUCCCAAAAAGUUUGUUUGUGAAACAUGCGGAAGAAAUUUUCAUCAGAAGAUUAACUUGCAGCGUCACAUUCUGACCCAUACUGAUCCUGCUACAUCAAGGAAUCACGAAUGCAAAACAUGCGGUAAGAAAUACUCCCGUGACAUAUACCUUUCUCGUCACAUCAAAGAAAAUCACACUGCCGAGGGCUUAGCCAAACCCAGACAUCAUUGUAGUUAUUGUGAAAAGAAAUUCACCAAGCCAUGCUUACUACGUAUCCAUGAAAGAACACACACGAAGGAAAAACCAUUUGUGUGUAGCACAUGUGGAAAAGGGUUUGCUCAAGAAGGUUACAUGAAGAUCCAUGAAGAGAUCCAUUCAUCAUUUAAAAAGCACGAAUGCACAUUUUGUGGAAAAUCCUUUGCUUUGCUGUACUAUUUAACUCGUCACUUAGCAAGACAUGAGCAAGUCAAGUCUAUCCCUUGUGAUCAAUGCUCUAAAAUGUUCGCCACUCAAAAAGCUCUAAACGAUCACAUGCGCAUGCAUACCGGUGAUAUGCCUUAUCAAUGUGAUUUAUGUCAGAAGUGUUUCCCAAGACUUAAUUCACUCCAACGCCACAAGAAGCUGAAUGCCUGUCAAAUUAAGCCAAACGUGUACUACACCAAACAAGUUAUGCCUACUGUCAAGACUGUUGAAAGCCUGGAUGAAUUAAUGGAUAAAAGGGAGUUUAGCUGCUUGUAUAUUUGUAGCAUCUGUCGUCAAGUUUUUACCAGUCAAGCCAAACUAGAUGCUCAUGCUGUUGAGCAUGAAGGAGACAUGAUAGCUGAGGUAGUUUCAGAAGAACCUGAGCAGGAACAUAUUUCAGCAGAGAACAUUCCCGUCUCCAAAGAAGAAGAAACUAUAAUUGCUGAAGUAGUAAACGUUGAAGAUAGUAUUUUAGGGGGUGAAGAAAUAACUACAGAAGAAACUAUUGUUGAUGCGGACUGGUUAAAUAGGUUAUUUUCAAAUGCUCAUGUAGAAUCGGGAACAGACGGAAAGAUAAUUAUUGUUGUAAAUAGGGAAUAAUUAACAAUCUGGUAUUAUACAUACUGUCAUGACUGUAAACCAACUUACUUUCGCGAGUAGAAAAAAAAAUCAUAAAUCAUCACCAAUAUCUAAAAUUUGGAUCUUUCCUUAUUUAACUACAUCAGGUUAAAUCUCCAUGAAGUAAGCUAUAAGGGCUAAACGCGUAAAUAAAGUUUUCCCAUAAAUAAGUUGGUUAACAGUAUUGAAGGUUAUAAGAUCAAUGGAUUUUUGUUUUGUUUUUUAUUACAUGGAAUGCUGGUGCUUGUGUUAAAUCUCUUUUUUACCUACAUCAUGUACAUGUAUGAUCAUGAUGCUGUAAAUUCAGUUAACAUAUUAUAUUAGAUAAUGGGCAGUAGGGUUGGCCACCAGUCAGAAUUUUAUCAUACCAAAUACCAGACUUAUGAUUCAAAGUGAUUCACUUAUCACCAGCAAGAGUUCUUAUAAUUGAAUCACCUUGUGGUUAAUUUUUAACUGUAUUAUUUCAAAGUCACUGUAUUCACUUUUUCAUAACACAGGAUUUUAAUCCACGUCUUUGGGCUUGUGUACCAGGAUUCCUUUAUAUUUUCUGCUACAGGAUUUUUCAACAUAUCUGUAAACAUGAUUAAAUUUGGCAAUUUCAAAACUGAAAAUACAUGCAGUUAAGACAUGUAAGAUGUAAUCAGCCUCACAUGAUACAUGUACAUGUUGCUCUUUUGACUUUUUUCACAAUUUUAGUUUUCCUUUUAUUUUGCCAAAUGUAUGCACAUUACUUUAUCAUUUAUAUUGUUAUUUAAUGUUAAAUGAAGAAAUAUAAACAGUGCAUUUUA